AUGCAUCUCUGGAAUAGUUUCGGAGAAUCUACUAUCACAAAAGUUCUUCCCCAAUCCGAGACGGACUCUCGAUAAACCCACGCGGCCUUUUUCUGAUACCGUCAACGGGGAUUCUGGGAAUGACUUUCCUCGUACGGGAGAGACCCCGGAGAAUAGAUUAUCGGAAAAGGAUUCAAAGAGGAACCUAGCCAACGGUCAACCCCUACAUCAAAAAGGUCGCGAUCUCCUCCGCCGCCGCCGCCGCCGAGGAACCUAGCAGACGCCGCUGGUCUUCCUACGGUCGGCCAACCUCCUCCAGAACGUCGCGAUCUCCUCCUCCUCCGCCGCCGCCUUGCCGGCGUCGGCGGCGGCGAGAUGAGCGGCCGCCGCCGUGCGGCCGGGGAGGGCGUCGAGCUCCGCCAGCACCUUGCAGAGGUGGGAGACGAGGCGCUCUGCGAGGCCCCGGCUGAAGUCUUCUCUGAUGACAACACGGAGGACGGCUAUGUGGCCGGCGGCCGGCGGCAUGGUGUAGGCAGGGACGAUCCAGCCGAAGCGGCGGAGGCUCUCGGAGACGUCGAAGACGGUGUACUUGCCGGCGUCGACGAGGGAGAAGGCCACCACCGGAACGCCCACAUCCUUGGAGAGGAUGGUGAAUCUUCCCGUCCCCGCUAUGCCGUCCCUCAGGGCCCUCGUGUUCUUCAUGCAGUUCUCUAUGACGUUCCUGUAACCCUGAAGAAGAAGAAGACGAAGAGGAGGAAGAAGAAGAAGAAGAAGAACGUGUGUUAGGACGAGAGAGAGAGAGAUGAUGAGGAAUCAUGGGGAGGUUUGAGUAGGUAGAAGGAGAGAUUGGUGAGGAAGAAGAAGAAGCAAAAGAAGAAUACAAGGAACCUCGAAGGAAUCUUGUAGGAGGGGGAUAAAGAAGGGGAUAAGCCUUGCGCUUUUCUUGUCAGAGGAAGAGACGGAAGAAGAAGAAGACGAAGAACAAGAACAAGAAGACAAAGAAAAAGAAGAAGACGAAGAACAAGAAGAAGAAGACAAAGAACAGGAAGAAGACGAAGAACAAGAAGAAGAAGACAAAGAACAGGAAGAAGACGAAGAACAAGAAGAAGAAGAAGACGAAGACGAAGAAAAAGAAGAGGAAGAAGGUGUGUUAGGGCGUGAGAGGGAGAGAGAGAGAGAGAGAGAGGUGAGGAAUCGUCGGGAACUUUGA